GAAAAAAAUAAUAGUGGCCUCUUGGUUUUUUAGCUAGCGCGGCGUGCAGAAACGAUAUAACUUUUUACUUUAUUAAAUGUAUACAAUAAACACAAAAUAUUGAUGCAUAUGACAGAGCAGCGUUGACAUUGACUUAUUUGAGUGAUUUGCGCCUUGUCAGAUUCCCUAUUUUAUUGUUAGCUAGGUAGCCUAUCUUUUUUUAUUUAGCUAGCUUUUACGUUGAAUAGCAAGAUUUUUUUUAGAAGUUAAGAUAAUCAAGAUGAGCGACCGGACUACACGACCAUCGUUGGUGGAGCAGGGGAAUGAUAACGAUAAUCCAAAUUAUGACAGCCCACAUCAACGAAGGCGAUCGACGAGAUUAUCCAAUACGGUCAGCAGUCAAAACACGAUGGAGGUCAACAAUGAAAAUGUGCAGAGCGUUCUCCCUGUUGUGAAGCGUAACAUUACCGUGAGGAAGAUCGUUCCGAGGAAGACUCAGAUGCCUGCAACAACUCCUGUCCCAUCAGUACGCCGUAGUCCUCGAGUUUCAGCUGAGUGCAACAAGGAGAAUGCCACUAGGUUGUCGGGACCCAAGUGGGAGCGAUCGAGAAUAUCCACCUCCACACCUGCUGCCGCCCCUCUGCCGAAACCCGCCAUCCUCUCCCCGAUCCUGGCUUCCGCCGACCCUCCUCCUGAGCAGCCCCAGGACCCCGCGGGCCUGGAGUGGUCUCAGAAAGUGCGCCGCUCCUACAGUCGGCUGAGUGCCGGCGACCACUCUUUCGCGGGCUCUCCGGUCCACACGCCGUCCUCCCCCACGCCCUGCCGGCGGGAGACUCUCUUCGGCUUCGAGCAGCUCCAGACCCCGCCGGUGGCGGCCAGGAGGGCCAGGAAGUCCGGGGUGCGCACGGACACCUCGCUGUCUGUGUGCGGGGGCUCGUUCUCGCUGCAGGAGGGGAACGGCAGCGUGGCCGACUCGCCCGAGUGUGACCCGAACAUCCCGGGCGUGGCGCUGGUGAAGGAGAAGAGGAGGAGGAAGAAGGUGCAGCAGAUAAAGAUGUCAGAGUUUGACUUACUAGCUGCACAAAUGAAUGCAGAAUUUGUCGAGGCAGAGAGCUUUGACUUGGUGGUGGAGUGAUGUGUGAGAAGGGGGAAGACGACCAGCCCAACUGUGUGCAGACGACACGUCACAGACUGGCUUAAGGGAAGGAUUGGGAAGAAGAAGAACUUUGGGGGACUGCAGCAGAUCCUAUUCUAUUUGGAAUUCAUACAUUAAUUAUAAAUGGAAUAUCUGUUUUAUGGAUGU